AUGGAACUUUAUGAGCUUGGUGAUACUGAGGAGGCUGAGGAUGAAGCACCCUCUGUGCCUGUAGUGGGAAAAGGCACCAAACACCUCACCACUUCAGUAUUCAUACUCACAGUUGCACACUGGGCUGGUGGAGAUGUUGAGCUGUGGGACCCUGAUGACCAUGAAUCAAGGGAUGUCAUGCAAGAUAUCUGGGACCAUAUAUACAAGGAUAGGAUUGAGCAUGAAAUCUCCAGUUCUGGCACUGUUUUGAAAGUACUUAUAUUCAGGGAUAAUGCUGGGCUCACUCCCAAGGCUUGGACAGGCAUGUGGAGGGUCUCCUUCACACUCCAGACCUUUGCAUCCCACCUCAAUUUCACCUACAACCAUGUCAGAAUUCCUAAUCUUGACACCAAAGCAAUUGGUGCAUGGGCCACCUUUACCCUUGCUGUCACUGCAGUGUGCUGUAUUCUUCAGCUAGUCAUAGAUGGGAAAAUCACCUUCAAAAUCAUUUCAGAAACCUGCAGCAAAUGCACCAAAGCUACAAAGACAGGUGAUGCAGAUAUUUGGACACCCAUCAUCAAGAAGGGCGAGCAAUUCACCUUUAGCAAACUUGUCUGGGGGCCUAUGACCCAGAAAUUCAUGCAGCUCAUCAUAGUGCUUCCUGAUGAGGACUUUGUGAGCAUAGUGCAAGAGGCACAGCAGUAUGCCAAGUAUCUAAGAAGUACUGGGAGCUCGAGGAUGUUGUGCCUGAUGAGGACAAUGGAUUUGCUGACCUGUUUGCAUUCCAUUAAAGUAUUCCAUACCACAUUUGCUUGUUUGGACUGGCUGCCACUAUCUACUGCAUUCCAGGCUCCUUGCCAUAACCACCCAUAUUCACCCAUUAAUGAUUGA